GGGGGCGGCGGGGGGCACCGAGGGGCGCGGAGCCUCCGCUCCGCCCCGGGAGGGAGGGAGAGAGAGAGAAAGGGAGGGAGGCACCCGCCGCCCUGUCCCGGCCCCGGGAGCGGAGCGCUUUCUUAUAAAUUCACUGCAAAGGGGUUGUCUGUCCAGAUUUUAUGACUGUAGUGGAAUCAUAUCAUUCGUGAAGUUCCUCGGCAGCAGAGAAUGAAUCCUGUAGCAGAAAGCUGGUGUAAAUGACUGCUGCCGCCUCUCAGCGCAAGAUAACCUGCUCAGUCAGCUGGAGCCCCCUGCGGACAGCUGUCUCUCUUUUAGCUGAUGGAAAACUGCAACUAACCGCUGAAUGGAAGAGCGUGGAGUAGCAACCAUACUAGCAGCAGCCGCUGCAGCAAGAGCGAGCAAGGACUCUAUUGUUCCCUAGUGUUAAACAGUUUUUCCUUUUCAACUGGCAUGCACAAUAGCAGGAGAGAGCUUUCCAGUCCGCAUCUCCCCAUGAAGAAAUUCUGAAGAGGGGAAUAUUAUUUGAAGAAGGUUUCACGGUUGUGCUGCAGGCUUUGGAUGUGGGAGCAGGCUGCUGGAGGAGGCAUGGGGUUGAGUAAGGGGAGCGCUGCUUUCCCCCAUGGUCCGAGGGUUUGUGCUGUGCCAGCCCGCUGCGUGGGAGUUCUUGUGGUUCUGCUGGUGGGAGCCUGGGACGCUCGGGCACAGAGUGAAUUUCAAACUUCAUCUGUGUAUUUGUGGAAGACUGGUCCAUGGGGGAGAUGCAUGGGAGAUGAGUGUGGUCCAGGUGGCAUCCAGACACGGGCAGUGUGGUGUGCCCACGUGGAGGGCUGGACGACGCUGCCCACCAACUGCAAGCAGCCGGAGCGGCCGGACAACCAGCAGAGUUGCUUCCGUGUCUGUGACUGGCACAAGGAGCUGUAUGACUGGCAGAUUGGCAGCUGGAACCAGUGCCGGCCCGUCCUCUCCCGCAGCCAUGAGAAGCCCCAGGAGUGCCUCAGGGGGGAGGAUGGCAUCCAGACAAGGGACAUCACCUGCAUCCAGAAGUCCAAUGGGGUGCCGGCUGAGGAUGUUAUCUGUGAGUACUUUGAGCCCAAACCCCGCCAGGAGCAGGCGUGCCUCAUCCCGUGCCGGCAGGAUUGCAUCGUGGCUGAAUUCGCCCCCUGGUCAGAGUGCUCCAAGACCUGCGGCAGCGGGCUUCAGCAUCGAACUCGGCACGUGGUGGCUCCACCGCAGUUUGGUGGGUCUGCUUGCCCUAACCUCACUGAAUUUCAGAUCUGCCAGUCUAGCCCAUGUGCUGCUGAAGAAAGCCUGUAUAGCCUAAAUGUGGGACCAUGGAGCGCAUGCUCAGUGCCCCAUUCAAGACAAAUACGACAAGCAAGGAAACGAGGGAAGAACAAAGACAAGGAAAAGGACAGAGAAAAGGCGGUUCGGGAUCCUGAGGCUCGUGAAUUAAUUAAGAAGAAGAGGAAUCGAAACAGACAGAAUAGACAGGAGAGCAAAUAUUGGGACAUACAAAUUGGGUAUCAAACAAGGCAGGUUACAUGUACUCACAGAAAUGGGAAAACUGCUGCUCUGAGCUUUUGCAAGCAAGAAAAGCUGCCAAUUACAUUCCAGUCCUGUGUCAUCACAAAGGAGUGCCAGGUGUCAGAGUGGUCAGAAUGGACCCCCUGCUCCAAAACCUGCUUUGACAUGACAACCCCUAAAGGGAAUCGUACAAGAUCACGGACCAUUAAACAGCUCCCUAUUGGCAGUGAAAGUGAAUGCCCGCAAUUAGAAGAAACAGAGCAAUGCAUUUCUCAAGGAGAUGGUGUAGCACCAUGCAUUACGUAUGGCUGGCGGACCACAGAGUGGACAGAAUGCCGCGUUGAUCCUCUACUCAGCCAACAGGAUAAAAGGCGAGGAAAUCAGACAGCACUGUGUGGAGGUGGCAUUCAAACCCGGGAAAUCUACUGUGUGCAAGCUAAUGAAAAUCUCCUCUCCUAUUUAAAUACCCUCAAGGAAAAAGAAGAAAUUCAGUCACAGAGCAAGUCGAAGGCUAGUGCUGCACCUCUGCUAUCGAUCACUUUUGAAAUAACAGCCUCGAGGCCGGUCGACCGUAAGCUGUGUACAGGACCCCUUCCAAGCACCUCCCAGCUGUGCCAUAUCCCCUGUCCUAUAGAGUGUGAGACCUCGGCAUGGUCAGCCUGGGGACCAUGCACCUAUGAAAGCUGUGAUGACCCUCAGGCCAAGAAGGGCUUUAAACUAAGGAAACGGCGCAUUACCAAUGAGCCUACAGGAGGAACGGGAAACUGUCCUCACCUGCUGGAAGCCAUCCCAUGUGAAGAGCCCUCAUGCUAUGACUGGAGAAUUGUGGGGCUGGAGGAGUGUGUUCCCGACAAUGAGAAGCCAUGUGGCCCUGGUACUCAGGUGCCUGUUGUCGUCUGUGUCAAUGGUGAUGGAGAAGAGGUUGACAGACAGCUGUGUAGAGAUGCGAUCUACCCAAUCCCUGUUGUCUGCGAAGCUCCAUGCCCAAAGGACUGUGUGCUCAGCAUGUGGUCUGCAUGGUCCUCCUGCUCACACACCUGCUCCGGGAAAACCACAGAAGGAAAGCAGAUGCGUGCCCGCUCAAUCCUAGCAUAUGCAGGUGAAGGAGGAAUACAGUGUCCAAAUAGUAGUGCACUACAGGAAACCCGCAGCUGUAAUGAGCACUCUUGCACUGUGUAUCAUUGGCAGACAGGCCCAUGGGGACAGUGCAUAGAAGACGCAUCUGUGUCUGCUUUCAACUCCUCUGCCAGCUGGAAUGGGGAGGCCACCUGUUCUGUGGGGAUGCAGACAAGAAAAGUUAUCUGUGUGAGAGUCAACGUGGGACAAGUGGGCCCAAAAAAAUGUCCUGAGAAUCUCCGACCAGAAACAGUGAGGCCAUGUCUGCUUCCCUGUAGGAAGGACUGCAUUGUGACUCCAUUCAGUGACUGGACAUUGUGUCCUUCUUCAUGUCAAGAUGGAGAUGUCAUAGUAAAAAAACAGUCCCGUCACCGAGUCAUUAUCCAACUCCCUGCUAAUGGUGGUCGUGAGUGCCCAGACACUUUGUUUGAGGAAAAAGAAUGUGAAGCUUCUCCUGUCUGCUAUAGCUACAGGUGGAAGACCCAUAAGUGGCGGAGGUGCCAGCUAGUACCAUGGUAUGUGCGCCAAGACAGUCCAGGAGCACACGAGACUUGUGGACCUGGGCUACAAGCAAGAGCAAUUACUUGUCGCAGACAAGAUGGAGGACAGGCUGACAUCAGUGAGUGCCUUAAAUAUGCUGGCCCCUUACCAUCCUUAACACAGACGUGCCAGAUUCCUUGCCAAGAUGAUUGUCAAUUUACAAACUGGUCAAAGUUUUCUUCCUGUAAUGGGGACUGUGGAGGAGUCAGAACAAGAAAACGCACUCUUGUUGGAAAAAGUAAGAAAAGAGACAAAUGCAAAAAUUCUCAGUUGUAUCCUCUGAUUGAGAAUCAGUUUUGUCCAUGUGAUAAAUAUAGCGCUCAGCCUGUGGGAAAUUGGUCAGACUGUAUUUUACCAGAGGGUAAAGUUGAAGUAUUGCUGGGAAUGAAGAUGCAAGGAGACAUUAAGGAAUGUGGACAAGGCUAUCGUUACCAGGCCAUGGCAUGCUAUGAUCAAAAUAGUCGACUUGUGGAAACAUCACGAUGCAACAGUCACGGUUAUAUUGAGGAAGCCUGUAUUAUUCCAUGUCCCUCAGACUGCAAGCUCAGCGAAUGGUCCAAUUGGUCUCGCUGUAGUAAAUCAUGUGGGAGUGGGGUAAAGGUUCGGUCUAAAUGGCUCCGUGAAAAACCCUACAAUGGUGGAAGACCCUGUCCCAAGCUAGAUCACGUCAAUCAGGCUCAGGUAUAUGAGGUAGUGCCAUGCCACAGUGACUGCAGCCAGUACAUAUGGGUUACUGAGCCCUGGAGUGUCUGCAAGGUGACCAAUGUGGACUUGAAAGAGAACUGUGGAGAAGGUGUUCAAACAAGGAAAGUCAGGUGCAUGCUAAACACUGUGGAUGGUCCUUCUGACACUGUGGAGGACUAUCUGUGUGAUCCUGAAGAGAUGCCACUUGGUGCUAGAAAAUGUAUCUUACCUUGUCCUGAAGAUUGUGUCAUGUCUGAAUGGGGAUCAUGGUCUCGAUGUUUUUUGCCAUGCAAUGGAAGCAAUGUUCGUGAAAGGUCAGCUGAAUUGCUGAGACAACCAGAUGAAGGAAAGUCUUGCCCUCCUGCCACUGAGACAGAAGUCUGCACUUUGAACAAAAACUGCUACCACUAUGACUACAAUGUGACAGACUGGAGCACAUGUCAGCUCAGUGAGAAGGCUGUCUGUGGUAAUGGUAUCAAGACACGAAUGCUCGACUGCGUUCGCAGUGAUGGCAAAUCAGUUGACCUGAAGUACUGUGAAGAGCUUGGUUUGGAGAAGACAUGGCAAAUGAAUACAUCUUGUGUGGUGGAAUGUCCUGUAAACUGCCAGCUCUCUGACUGGUCAUCUUGGUCUGAGUGCUCUCAGACAUGUGGCCUUACAGGAAAAAUGAUCAGAAGAAGAACCAUAAAUCAACCAUUUCAGGGUGAUGGGAGGCCUUGUCCUUCUCAGAUGGAGCAAUUCAAACCUUGUCUAGUAAAACCUUGUUAUCGAUGGCAAUAUGGUCAAUGGUCUGCAUGCAAAGUAGAGGAUGCUCAGUGUGGAGAGGGGACACGAAUGAGGAACAUUUCCUGUGUGGUUUUUGACGGAUCCACUGAAGAUCUGGGCAAAGUAGUAGAUGAGGAAUUCUGUGGAGAAAUAGAGCCUAUUAUAGAUGGGAAUAAGAAGAUGGUGCUUGAGGAAACCUGCACUGUUCCUUGUCCAGGGGACUGUUAUUUGAGAGAGUGGUCAGAAUGGAGCCUUUGUCAGCUAACCUGUGUUAAUGGUGAGGAUCUCGGCUUUGGAGGGAUACAAGUCCGAUCUCGAGCAGUCAUCAUUCAGGAGUUAGAGAAUCAGCAUCUCUGUCCAGAACAGGCUUUGGAAACAAGACCAUGCAAUGAUGGCCAGUGCUAUGAAUACAAAUGGAUGGCUAGCCCAUGGAAGGGAUCUUCUCGAACUGUGUGGUGCCAAAGAUCAGAUGGAUUAAACGUCACAGGGGGCUGUUUAGUGAUGCGCCAACCAGAUGCUGACAGGUCAUGUAAUCCACCGUGCAGUCAACCCCACGCUUACUGCAGUGAGACUAGAACGUGCAGUUGUGAAGAUGGAUACACUGAAGUAAUGUCCUCUGAUGGCACACUCGAACAGUGCACUCUCAUCCCGGUGGUGGUGAUCCCCACCAUGGAGGACAAAAAGGGAGAUGUGAAAACCAGUCGAGCUGUGAACCCUACCCAGCCCUCCAGUAACCAGUCAGGACGAGGAAGGACCUGGUUUCUACAGCCUUUUGGGCCAGAUGGGAGGCUGAAGACCUGGGUUUAUGGUGUAGCUGCUGGUGCAUUUGUUUUACUCAUCUUUAUUGUUUCUAUGAUCUAUCUAGCCUGCAAAAAGCCAAAGAAGCCUCAGAGAAGGCAGAACAACCGACUGAAACCAUUAACCUUGGCUUAUGAUGGAGAUGCAGAUAUGUAGAAUAUAACUUCUCAUGGUGACAAAUGGAGUCUUAAUUAUUGGAUUGGAAUCAGAAGGUAUCCAAAGCCACAGGGAUUUUCUAUGGAGUGGAUUAAGUGUUUUGAAUUCUUUUUUUUUUUUUUUCUUUCUUUUUGGUAACUGCGCCACGGAGAAAGACAGGUGGAUUUCAUAAUGUCUAUGGAUAUUCAAGGUAUUAUUGCUUUACUUUAGACCAUCAGCACUGAGAAAUCUGGCAGAAUCAUGUUAAUAGACACUGCAGUUGGAGAUUUUUGUGGUCUUUCCUCAAUCUUACAAGCUAUAAGCACCGCUUCUGUCUCCAGAAUACUGUAGCUGACAUUGUAUUAACAGUUGAAAGCCCCUGCAACAUUAACCAAGUAUAAUCAGUACGCAUGAAGACUUUGUACCAAGCUGUCUAUGACUCUUUAUAUUCAAGCAUAACAUAUAUACUCAGUUGAACCAUAUGUAUUACUCUACCAGAUUAUAUACUUGUUAAAGAGCAUUUUAGUGCUUAAUAUAAAAUUAACUUUUAACUGAGACUAACCCACGAGCAAGUUCAACAGUCUGGCAGUUGAUGAUAACUUGUGUUAACCUGCAUUUCAGAGGGCAAAGACUCACUUGCAAAAUUCUGUCCCGUUAUCACUCCAAAGUAUAAAGGCCUCAUGUAUACAUCCAGAAAGGAGGCGUUCUCAGAUUUUCUAGCAGUUGCUGUCUGGAAAAAAAGAAUACCCAUUGUAAAUGUUACAAUACGUUUCUACUUUCUCUAACUCAAACUGUUGCCUGCAUCUUUUUUGCUACAUGUAAGGCAAUUUUUUGCACUAUAUUAGUGCAGCAUGAUAUGCACUUAACUAGUAUUGCCAUAGAAACCGCCUCUUUUCAGAAAGGAUGAUGAUGUAUCUUGUGCAAGGAGUGUCAAGUAGACUGGUCUUGAAUCCUGAAGAGAGUAGCGUUCAGUUUGGACUGCGACUGGAUGGAAUCGGCUAAAGACGUGUACUGCAUACACCAUGUCUCGUCACAGCGGCCAUUUGUAGUCUAUGUCAUGGCAGUAAUACAAGUGUCUAGUUUCUUGCCCCAUCUACCUAUACAAGUAUAGAGUGUCCUGCUGGUUUCUAAUUGUACUUUGAAGGCUGUUUAUGACUAGAUUUUUUAUAUUUGUUAACUUUGUUAGAAAAAGAAAGAAAAAGAAAAGCAGUUGCCCUCUAAUCUUGAGUGACAUACUUACUGUCUAAAAAGGUAUUCUGAUUGUUUGUUCAACUAAAAGAAAAAGGUUAUGCUUUUUUUUCUUUCACUAAUGACAGCAUUUUCACUGUUGCUGACAGUGCAAUACUCAGAGCCCUUUUUUUUUUUUUGUCUUUUCUAAUUAGGAUAAUUGGAUAGACUCUUUUAAUUAUUCAGUUAAACUCUUGAGUGUACUGACAAGUAAACAGUAAGAUAGUAGUUUUGCCAUUUUAAUAGUCAUAACUUUUUUUAAAACUCCGGCAGUAUAAAAGCUCACUGUUAACCUCUCCCAUGCUUAUGGCAUUUCAGUGUUACGCUUCUGACAGGAAGCUUAUUGACUUGCCACUGUAUCUACAUGCCUGUUACAGAUGUGAUUCAUGACCUGAGAAGGGUUAUUCUCAUAAAAUGGCUUCUGUGUGUAGCCUGACGUAAACAUAUAAGUGACUGUGCCACUAUUAAGCAAUACGAUUACAAAAUUUUAUCAGGCAACCUGUCAAAAAUAAUUGUUAUGUAAAGCUCAGUAUUAGGUUCUCAGGUCUUUUUUAUAACCUAAACCAUUUCUGCCUACUCAUCGCACUAUGUACUCAAGAAGCACCAGUCUUUGCACACUGAAUAAAACUGUAGCUUUGCAAACUUUGGCCAGUAUUCACUGAAAUCAAUGACAACUCUCAUUUAUGUCAAUAGAUAACAUCAAUCUUUAAAAUUACCUACUUUUAUUCCAUAUAGAACCAAUGUUAAUUUUGUGCAAUGUCCAAGAAAAAGUAUGGCCCUACUUUAACUUAGCUAACUUACAUUACCAGUGUGGUGUUACUGUAAAAAGAAAAUGAUCUUAUUGCCACUGCAUAAGUACUUCUCUGAAUGGAAAUAAUAAGCAGAGAGGAAUGAUAGUAAAAAUCUUUUGUACAUGUUUAUUUUCUCAUUUUACACCUUGAACCACAGCUGGUGAAGUGCCAUGGCCCCCUACCUCAGCAGUGGUUCAUUCACAUAUGUGUUGCAGAACUGGGGGCUUCAGUCUUACAUUUCUCUGUAAAGAUCCAUAGGAAAGAAAAAAAGAAAAACAAAUCUUCAUGUAUUUAAUUAUUUCAGCAUUCUUGAGUAGGAAACAAGAAAAAACUGUUUGAUUCCUAUUUUAUCAGACAUACAAAAAAGUUGUAAAGUUUUAAAGAAUGGUUAAAAUGUGGAAACAAAAAGCUUAAUCAUGAUUUCUGUACUUUAAAAGUCUGAUUUUGUGUUGUCAAAUGGUAUUGAACUAAUAGUGAAUUGAGGGAACAGGGUUUCUUUCAUUGGCAAUGAGACAACUUUAUGCAUUAUACAGGCUGGUUUUAGCAGAAGCUGUUGCCUAGUUUUUACCUUGAAGAUUUCUAUGCCCAAAAUCUAAGUUAGUAAAAUGAAGCUAAAGGCAUACCUGUUUCUCCCUAAAUAGUACUUAAAAAUAAAGAAAGGGAUAGGAGUUUAUUUAAAUAUGUUUGGCCUUUGCAAUCCAUGCAAGUAUUUUAGGAUGCAUCACAUUUUAUAUCUGAUCAGCGAAUUUUGCUGAUGCACAUCUGCAUCAUACUAGUGCUGCAUUUAAAAUAUAUAGUGCAUUUUUUAUCUCUAUUAUUUAUGAACAAAGUGCACAGAAACUUGAAGCCAGAAUGGCUUCCCUCUUUAUCAAGAAAAAAAAAAAAAGGCUAUAAAGAGGGCUGAAAUUGUAUGUAAAGCUAGAAGUUGCAAAGGUGACUAAGCCCCUUAGCACUGACACAGAAAUAAAUAGGUGAGUUAUCAGUACAGAAUGAAAAGCAAUUUGCUUUAAAAAUCAGAGUGUUUCUACAAAUCCAGUGCCUAAAGCAGCCACUACCGUAGAUUGUUAGUUUGUGAAAGUAACGUUUCCAGUGAUCAAAUAAAUCAUUCAGAAAAUAGCAAAGUAGACAUUUUCCUGUUGAUGUGGUGGUUUGUAUUUUCCUUUUUAAAUCUGUAGUUUCUAGAUUGCUGUGUCUGCUUUGAGUCCUGGAGCAGUUCCUUUUUGAAGCUUUGGUGCAACUGCACAAGCUUGUUUAUAUUUAGUAUAAAGUAUCCAUUUUGAAGCUCCCUUCCUCCUGCCAAAAUGUAAUUAAGUUUGUUUUCCAGUAUUACAAUCGGAAGAGACCAAUUUAAAAACUCUGUGUAUAAAUCACUGUAAAAUAUACCUUGAAUUAAAUGGAAAUCUGUCUUUUUACCUUUAUGUAAAUUGUGGUCACCCAAAGUUAAGAGUUUAUUUUGCCUAACUUAAUUUACUUGAAUAUUUAUUUUGUAGAACAAGGAGGCAGCUGUCUGAGGAAUGUUUACUUUUUUUUUUUUUUUGUUAUUGUUGAUUUGUAAAUUGUGUAAUGCAUUUUUAUUUUUUAAAUUAUAUACAUUUCUUUUUUAAAGCACAAAAUGUUUACGUACAACUGCAGAUUUGUGUAUAUUGUCACUAAGCUUUAUUCAGUUAAUACAGAUGACAUGAAAAUGUAACAAGUCUUACAUUUUCAUCUGGGUUAUUUUUACAUAACUGAUGUAUUGCUGACAAUAAAUAUAAACACAAAAUCA